CUGGGCCGCACUUUUCGCGAACCAUCAUCAUGUUCUCCCUUGGGCGUGCAGCCAUCCCGCGCUUCUUCCUGCUGAGUAGAGGGGCCGAUAGCGAGCUCUACCAGGCCUGGCGGGACGCUAUCAAGGAGGUGGCACCCGCCAGCGUACACGAUAAGUUCGAACUUCUGAGCGCCGACCUGAAGGAACUUCCCGCGAAGAAGAUAGCUGUUGACUGCGUCGUAUCGCCCGCCAAUUCGUAUGGCAUCAUGGAUGGAGGGUACGACCUUGCCUUGUCCUUGAUGUUCAGGGGCAAAGGCAAAGAUGGCGAAAAGACGUUGACACGCUACUGCCAGGCUGCCCUUCGCGAGAAAUGGGCGGGCUACCUCCCGCCUUCCUCCUGCAUGCUCAUGCCUAUUCCCGCUGAGGUAGAGAACCCGCUGAAGGCCAAGGUCCUCGCGGUCCUCCCCACGAUGCGCAUCCCCGAGGACGCCAGCUGGCGCCGCGACCUGGUGUACAACUCGAUGUGGGCGCUCCUGAACGCCAUCCGCACGCACGACGCGCCCCUCGAGAGCGUGCUGCUCACGGGGCUGGGCACGGGCACCGGGUGCGUGAGUCCGAAGCGCUGCGCGGUGCAGAUGAUGCUCGCCGUCAAACACUUCGUGGAGGGCAUACCCGAGAACGGGACUUGGAACGACGUAAUGCCGGUGGCGCUCGAAGUUGACGAGACGUUCAAGUUGUAGAAGAGGUGGCUUUCGAAGAUGGAGAAGUGGGUGGGACCCUGCCCAGGUCAGGAGUCCAUGGCGGGGGCGUGAGCGUUUGUUGACUUGCGUAUCUAUGACGCUGUAUUUGUACUCGGGUCGGAGAGGGACGAGGACACCUGUUCGCGAUUCCGAGCGUCCAUCGAGCUUCUCUCCAUUGCAUUCCGGCGGGAAGGAGACUGUGCUUCUCGCAGCUCAGUAAACGGACUGUCAACUAUAUAACAUCGGUCCCAGACAGACCCUGAGGCCAUCUGCUCUUGCUGCG